UGUUCUCACGGUCUGUUAAGUGUGCAACUGGCAGGGCAGAAAACGUCCUGAAAACAUUUAAGGAGUGUAUAAAAUUUGCAAGCAAAAGAGGGUGAAGGAAAUCUGGCAGACACGUCAAGUUAAAUUAUUAGAAGGGCAUGGGCUUGGAUUAUAGACUUCAUGGUCUUGACACAAUUAAUUUUAUGGAGCUGUAUUUUUUUUAUUGAAAUUUGAACAGAGGAGAUGUCAUUAUGAAUCACCGAGCCACAGCAUCUAAGACAAAAAAUGACAAUUAUCUGAGCAUAAAGGACUCUGAAUCCCUUGAUAACUAUAUACAAAAUACACUUGCCUCUUUGUAUCCACCUUUUGAAGCAACAGCAGCUACUGUUCUAUGGCAGCUUUUCAGCAUUGUUGAAAAAUACUAUCAUGGAGAUGGUCUCAGAUGCCUAAUUGACUUCCUUGUUCCUGCCAAGAGAAUCUUGCAAAGUAUCCAGCAGGAAACCUGUGACAAUUAUACUGGCCUUAUUUUCUGCCAUGAAGGAUGGCCCUUAUGCAUCCAUGAAAAAGUUGUAGUACAGUUGGCAUCUCUCCGUAAAGUCCGACUAAAACCAGGAGAUUUUUAUUUCCAGAUUGUGCCAGUGCAAAAGCAGUCAGCCAACUUAGUAUUAAAAUGUCUUUCGAGGAAUGGUCAUGGAAUAGAAGAACUUACUGUACCUGAAACCAUGUAUGGCUACAUUUUCACAACAGAGUUUUUGGAAAAUGUGAAUUGUGAAUGGGGUGGUAGUCUUUUGCAGAACUGCUUGCUAACCACAGGCCCGGCCACAUAUAGGACUCCUUGGAAGAAUAUUGUGAAUCCUAUCUUUGUUCCUACUGCUGAAUCUAUUCUGCAAAAAUAUUCCAAUAACUGUCUGCUUGAAAGGUUAGUCAACAACAGUCCUGAUGCUAAAGCUAUGGCACAGACCAUGGAAAGCAAUAGCUUACAUGAGAGUUCUACUUCUAAUGAUACCUGCUCUACUGUGAUAGAGGUGCCAUGUGCAAACAGUUGUGGAACUCAAGGCAAUGAUGAUUCUGGUUUUUCUCAAGGAUCUCAAAGCCAAGCUGAAACACAGUGCUUAGAAACCCUUGCUGCAGUUGAAAGGGUUCAUGCUGUAAAUGAAAGAGCACAUUCUGGCGGAUGCUUGCAAUCAGAUCCAGCGUCAGAGGAAGUCAUCCAAGAACCAGAAAAGAGAUUGGAGUUGACUCCUGAAUAUUCUAAAGUGGACACACCUCCUCCUCCACUUAUGAAGAGUAAUGACACUAAAAGCAUAGCUUUCGGUACAAACCUGGGCAGUCCCCGUCAAAAAAGGCAGGAUUCUUUGUAUUUUGAAACAAAGCGCUUGUUCAGAAAAUCAUACAUAGAAGCUUUGCAAAAUCCAAUGAACCUGGGCUCUAGCUCAGAGGAAUCUAUUGCAGAAGAAGACACUUCAGACCAUGUCAUGGACUCAGGACAGAUGGAUGGCAAUUCCAGAAUUACUGAGAAAAUGCAUAAAUAUUGUGUUCAGCAAGGAAGCUCUUGGACUGAGGGGCAAUCAAAACAGGAGGAUGCAAAUGAGGCUGUUACAUUUGGGGAGAAUUCCCAGACUUCAAGAAGAUUACCUGUAUCUCGUAAAAAAUCUCCAAUUGAAAGUUGCAGAGCGAGUUCAAACAGAUCACAAUUUUCAAAUAGGUCAUGCGUGAGUUCUCAGAAUAAAGAUUGUAAACCCAGUAUGUCCUCACAUGGAGUACCCAGUACCAAUCCUCCCCAAAAUGUAAAUGGGAAUUCAGUAAGACUGGAGAAAUGUGAUUUACACAUUCAUGAAUUCAUCUCUUCCAAAAGCAAAAAGAAUGAAGAUUCAAGAGAUUAUGGAACUGAUUUCCAGGAUUGUGAAUCUAAUGUGACCACAUCACUUGUGCCCCGUUGGCAUGAAAAUGAACUGUUGUCUACAAACCAUGGGGAUCCUGACCACUUACUACCAAGCCAGUUGUUUCAAGUUAAUCAAGAAUUACUGCAGUCUGGAGUAGUUUCUCUGUGUGGAAACAGGGAUCGUGCUGGAAGAGCAAUAGUGCAAGUCUGUGUAAAAAAUGGUACCUGUUUAACUGAACAUUCCAGAAUCAGUGCACUCACACAACUUCUACUGUACUUCUAUAAUAUUCCCAGAAAAGAUGUCCGUGCUUUAGGACUGCUUUUUUUAGUGGACAUUCGAAAGAGUCAAGCUGUAUCUGUUCUUUUUAAAGCCUUGACAGCAUUACAAGCUGCAGUUCCUCAUUCCAUUCACAGUGCAUUGAUACUGGUUGAUAAGGAAUCUGCUUUUAGACCUGACAAAGAGGUUCCAUUUCAGUGUGAAGUUCUCACAUCACUGAAGGCCUUGCAUAGGUUUAUUGACUGCACCCAAUUGACAGCAGAGUUUGAUGGCAUGUUUCCUUACAAUCAUAACGACUGGAUAUGUUUCCGAAGGAAACUUGAGCCAUUUAUUACAAACUGCAAGGAGGCUGUUGUUUUCUUGCAACACUCUGUAUCUUCACUCAACAGUAGUCUAAUGCCAAGUACUGCACAAGAAGUGAUGGACUUAAUGAACAAACACAAGACAAUGAUGAAACUUGUUUUGGAAGAUGAACUGCUGGUAUCCUUGAGACUUGAGGGUGGGACAAUCCUUGCACGGCUUAGGAAGGAGGAAUUCUGCAAUACAGAAGAUUAUCGAGAUGCCAUGGAAAUGAUUACAAAGCUAUAUAAUCAAGUAGAUGAGGAGGUUCAUAGGCUGGUUUUGUUGUCCAAUAAAUGCCUUCAAGGUCUGGAGAAUGUGUUGGCAAUAAGAAGUUUUGAAGAAGGACAUGACGAGAUAAAAAUCUGGUUUGAAAAAGAAAAAGAAAAAUACCUUGGGUCUUUGGAUCAAGAACAGCUUUCAGGUGAAAAUGUGAAAAGACUACAUGAAGAAUUCUUAGUUUUCAGUGAAAAAGCAAUACAAUACUCCCAAAAAGGACUACAGUUAUUAAAAGAGAAUUCUUUGCUAAAAUCUGAGGAAGAAUGUCAAGCCUUUCGUAGAUAUCUGAGUAAUAUCACCAUUCAAACACAAAAGAGAAGAAGUGAACUGGAGAACAUGGUCACGCUGUAUGAAUUUUAUGAAGAGGCUCACAAAUGGAUGGUUCAUUGCAACGAAUAUCUUAAGCAACUUUCACUAGAAGCUAAAUAUUCUCAAUCAGUAAUUCAGUCUUUGCAAAGCUACCACCAAGAAGCUGCAAAGAUUUCUGCAGAAAACUUCCAGAAAGUCAAUGAAGCUAUAACUGCUCUGGGUAAUAAAGAGUUUGAAUUAAAGCAGUGGAAUAUUUUAUGGCUGAAGUGUCAGCAGACUAGACACCACUUAGAAGAGGAGCUUUCAAAAGCAAUUAAAAGUUUCAGCAAAGGAGGAACCAAUCUUAUACCCAAGGAGUCUGGCCCAAAACGUGACCAUGAGCUGGGUCAUGUGUCUGGAACACAGCAUAGCCAUCCUUCUAGCCUUUGUUCUAGCAUGGAGGAUAACAUCUGGAAUAGUAUGACACUCCAUCAGUUUCAGCAUCACAGCCUUCCAGUGGAUGAUGAUACUUUUUUAAGCCAGGAAGAUACCACUCAAAACAUACUUCCAUGUUCUACAAUUACACCUUCUGCAUCACAACCACUCACUCCACGUUUGGGCAGGUUUCAGAGGACCACACGUGUUUCAGAGGAUUUGGACAACAUUUCCACCUGCUAUUCAGAACCAAUCCAGACAUCUGUCACCCGCCACCGGCGACAUCCACUGAAGAAAAUCAUAAAGAAAACACAGAGCUUUGAGUUGACCCAACAUGAGAGCAACCACAGUGAACUGCAUCACCACAGAUAUACUGGAGUUUAUAUUAGAGGACUGGAAGUAGCUAGUAGUACAGCGGCAGAAAAGAGAAACACCCAGCGUUCAAACAUUAAAAGUCCUUUGACUAGUAGAAAUCACAGUUUAGUAUCUCCAUCAGUAAUCUAUCAAACAGAUGAACAGGAAGAGAAGAAAAGACAAGGAAGUAAAGUGAACCACAUAAUGGAUGAGAUGAUCACAACAGAAAGGGAAUACGUCAGAUCCUUAGGCUAUAUAAUCGACAGCUAUUUCCCAGAAAUGGAAAGGGACAACUUGCCUCAGGAUUUGCGAGGGAAGCGCAACAUCAUUUUUGGAAAUUUGGAAAAACUCUAUGAUUUCCAUUGUCACUACUUCCUGAAAGAACUGGAACGCUGCACAGAUUUCCCACUGCGGGUUAGCCAUUGCUUUCUCAGACAUGAAGAACAGUUUGGGAUGUAUGCAUUAUACAGCAAGAACAAGCCACAGUCAGACACUUUGCUUAUAAGCCAUGGAAACACCUUCUUUAAAAAUAAACAACAGGAAUUGGGUGAUAAGAUGAAUUUGGCUUCUUACCUGUUGAAGCCCAUCCAAAGAAUGAGCAAAUAUGCCCUCCUCUUGAAAGAUUUGAUUAAGGAGUGCUCAGCAGGAGAAGAGCAAGAGCUCAGUGCCCUCUGUGCAGCUGAAGAGAUGGUCAAGUUUCAGCUUCGCCAUGGGAACGAUUUGCUCGCAAUGGAUGCCAUCAGAGGCUGUGAUGUCAAUCUGAAAGAACAAGGGCCACUGAGGUGUCAAGAUGAGUUUCUUGUGUGUUGUGGCAGAAAGAAGUAUUUGAGACAUGUUUUUCUGUUUGAAGACCUCAUCUUGUUCAGUAAAACAAAAAAGAUUGAUGGGGGAUAUGACAUCUACAUGUACAAACAAUCAUUUAAGACAGCUGAGAUUGGAAUGACAGAGAACGUUGGAGAUAGUGGCCUUCGCUUUGAAAUCUGGUUUCGAAGGAGAAGAAAAUCCCAGGACACUUACAUCCUUCAAGCCAAUUCAACAGAAAUUAAGUGUGCAUGGACAGAUAUCAUAGGAAAGAUCCUUUGGAGACAAGCCUUGAGAAACCGAGAACUCCGAAUGCAAGAAAUGGUAUCCAUGGGCAUUGGAAAUAAGCCAUUCAUGGAUAUUAAGCCCAGUGAUGCAGCUAUAAAUGAUCGAGCUAUAGACUAUAUAAUGAAAGGAGCAGAGUCAAGGACCCGUGCCUCAGUUGCUGUUUCUUCGUUUGAUCAUUCCACACCAUUUAAAAGGCCACAUUCCACAAUCUCAAACAGCAGUACGUCUUCCUCAAGCAGCCAGUCCUCCUCCUCCAUCCUGGGUUCACUAAACCUGCAUAUAUAUUCUACCCCAUCUCAUUCUGGCUUAGUUGGGCCACCUUUCUAUCACUGGUCAUAUGAUGUCAGAACCUGUAUUGAAGAAGAUGAGUUGGAACAGGACAUUGGAAGUCAGCCUUCAAUGAUGACAGAGAGUUCUGAGUCAUCCCAGUGCACAUCAGGAGAAAGUACAUGUGGCUUUGGUAGCUCUGUCCAGGACGAAUUUUCCCCACUCAAUAACAAGACUUUUGUUGAUGAAGGGCUUAAGUUUCCAUUGGAAUGUGUAUCUCCUGCCCUCUCAGAGAAGAACCCCAGGCCAAAACCAAGCAAAGAAUAUAGCACAACUCUUCUCUCCAUCUGCUGGCUUCAGCUGCCAGCAUCUGGUCAAUCUCCUUCCAGGUUGCUGGCUCAUUUAUCUGCGACAACCUUGUGAGGAUGAUUUGAUCUCAAGUACAUAGAAAACUACUGAAACUUGAACCACAUGGCACAUGCAGCACUGCUUCCAUCCAAGUGACAGUCUUCUGUUCGUCCAAGAAUUCUGUUCUUUGAAGUGUAUAUAAUACAUAUGUUCCCCCCAUAUUUAACCAUAUUUUGUAUAUAUAGCUAAUGAGAUGUAGAUGUUACUAUAUUUUUCAAAAGCUUGUAAAUUCAGAAAGCAUUAUGUGUACAAAUUAAAAUGUACGAACUAUGCAUAAAUUGUUUGUAAAUAUUUUUUACUUGCUUGCAUCAUAAAUUCCUUUAGAAUGUACACUAGUAGGCUUCAAUAGCAAAAAUGAGUACAUGUAACAAUACAAAUAUGGUUAGAAUAUGGGACUAUUUCAGUUGGAAAGGGGCAAAUUUUCUGGAACCAUUCAUAUCAAAGGUUCUUCAACAUAUUUAGAGC